AUGGCAAGCCUACGAAAAACACAUCCCCUAAUGAAAAUUGGUAAUGACGCAGUGGUUGACUUACCAACCCCAUCCAACAUCUCAGUCUGAUGAAACUUUGGGUCCCUCCUAGGACUUUGCCUAGUUACCCAAAUCUUGACAGGGCUGUUUCUGGCAAUACACUACACCUCGGACAUCUCAACCGCCUUUUCUUCCGUGGCCCACAUCUGCCGAGACGUAAGUUACGGAUGGCUUAUCCGCAAUAUUCACGCCAACGGAGCAUCAUUCUUCUUUAUCUGCAUUUAUAUACAUAUUGCCCGAGGACUAUAUUAUGGAUCCUACCUCUACAAAGAAACCUGAAACAUUGGAGUCGUCCUACUUCUCCUAGUAAUAAUGACAGCCUUCGUCGGAUACGUACUCCCAUGGGGACAAAUGUCCUUCUGAGGUGCAACCGUAAUCACUAACCUUCUAUCAGCGGUACCUUACGUAGGGAACGAACUAGUACAAUGAAUUUGAGGGGGGUUCUCAGUAGACAAUGCAACGCUAACACGAUUUUUUGCCUUCCACUUCCUUCUCCCCUUUGUAGUUGCCGCAGCAACCAUUAUUCACCUUCUAUUUCUUCAUGAAACAGGCUCUAACAACCCAGCAGGGAUUAACUCAGAUGCGGACAAAAUCUCCUUCCACCCAUACUUUUCCUACAAGGACCUGCUAGGCUUUGCAGCUAUGCUAUUAGCCCUCACAUCCUUAGCGCUGUUCUCACCAAACCUGCUGGGCGACCCAGAAAAUUUCACUCCCGCAAACCCCUUAGUCACCCCUCCUCAUAUUAAACCAGAAUGAUAUUUCCUGUUCGCCUACGCCAUCCUACGAUCUAUCCCAAACAAGCUAGGUGGCGUUCUUGCACUGCUAUUCUCUAUCCUAGUACUAAUGGUCGUGCCAAUCCUCCACACCUCCAAGCAACGAGGCCUAACAUUCCGCCCAAUUACCCAAUUCCUAUUCUGGACCCUGGUUGCCGACAUAAUUAUCCUGACAUGAAUUGGAGGGAUACCUGUAGAACACCCAUUUAUUAUCAUCGGGCAAAUUGCAUCCGCCCUAUAUUUUGCCCUAUUCCUUGUUUUUAUCCCAAUAGCGGGAUGGUUAGAGAACAAGGCACUAGAAUGAGCUU